AUGUCUACCACGUUUUUAAAUACAGCGUUCGUGUUCGGGUUCAGAAUCGGGUUCGGUUUCCUGUUCGAGUUCGGGGUCGUGUUCGGGUUCGUGUUCGGGUUCGGCUUCGUGUUCGAGUUCAGGUUCGGGUUCGGGUUCAAGUUCGGUUUCGGGUCCGGGUCUGAGUCCGGAUCCAGGUCCGGGUCCGGGUCCAGGUUACGGUCCGGGGUCGGGUUCGGGAUCGGGUUCUAUUUCGUGUUCGUGUUCGAGUUUGGGUUCGCGUUCUUGUUCGGGUUCGGUUUCAGGUCCGGGUCCGGGUCCAGUUUCGCCUUCUGGUUCUGGUUCGAGUUCGGGAUAUUGUUCGGGUUCGGUUUCGGGUCCGGAUCCGGGUCCAAUUCCGGGUUCGUGUCCUGGUUCGGGUCCGGGUCCGGGUACGGGUCCGGGUCCGGGUCCGGGUCCGGGUCCGGGUCCGGGUCCGGGUUCGGGUCUCGGUCCCGGUCCGGGUCCGGUUCCGGGUCCAGUUCCGGCUUCUGUUUCUGGAUCAAGUUCGUGUUCGGGUUCGAGUUCAGGUUCGGGUUCGGGUUCAAGUUCGGUUUCGGGUCCGGGUCUGAGUUCGGGUCCAGGUCCGGGUCCGGGUCCAGGUUACGGUCCGGAGUCGGGUUCGUGAUCGGGUUCUAUUUCGUGUUCGUGUUCGAGUUUGGGAUCGAGUUCUUGUUCGGGUUCGGGUUCAAUUCCGGGUUCGUGUCCGGGUCUGGGUCCAAUUUCGGUUUCUGGUUCCGGUUCGAGUUCGGGUUCGGGUUCGGGUUCGAUUUUGGGUUUGUGUGCAGGUCCGGGUCCGGGUCCGCGUCCGGAUCCGAGUCCAGGUCCGGGUCCGGGUCCGGGUCCGGGUACGAUUUCGGAUUCGUGUUCAAGUUCUGGUUCCGGUUCGUGUUCGGGUUCGGUUUUGAUUUCAG